AGUACUCAAUAAGUCUGGUAUGUAGUUUGAACAAAUUAAACAACAGUCGUAUAAUAAUAGCAAAUUUGUCCAGAAGAUUAAAAGAAUAUGGAGUUUACGGAGAGAUUUGAGUACAUGUUUGAAAAAGAAGUUCAAUGUGACGUCUAUUUUAAAAUAUCUCAAAGUAAUAAUAAUUCUAGAACCAUUGGAGCGCAUAAAGUCCUAUUGACUGCUGCUAGUCCAGUUUUUGAGAAAAUAUUAAUACAUAAAGGAAGUAAGAAUGAUCCAAUACUUGUGGAAAACGUUAGUAAACAGGGAUUAAUCUAUUUUCUACGGUACAUACUUUCGUUUUAUCUCUAUACAGUAUAAAUAUAAUUAUCAUCUACCUUUUUGCUUACAAACAGAUAUAUCUAUACAAACAAUUUUAAGUUAGAAUCAUAUUCAAUAAGAAUUAUUGGAGAGAUGGCCUAUUUAGCUCAGAGAUACUCAUUAAAUAAACUUAGCGUCAUCUGCUGUAAAAGUUUGUCAGAUAUAUUAAAUUGCGAAAAUGCAUGUGAAAUAUUAAAGACAUCAAUAUGGUUAGAUAAGGAAAAGUUGAAAAGAGAUUGUAAGAAUCUUAUAGCAGAAAAUACAGAUUUUUGCUUUAAAACGAAAUCGUUCUUGGAGUCUGAUAGGAGAACAAUUAAGGAAAUUCUCUCUUUAGACAGUAUGACAAUAAGAGAAGUUGAAGUGUUUAAACACAUAAUGAAAUGGGCAAGAAAUAAAAUACUACAGCGUAACAAUGACAAAACCCUAAGAGAUAUCGUUGGAGAUGGUAUUCAUUUAAUCAGAUUCCCCACUAUGACAAACAGUGAAUUUGCUAAGCACGUUAUUCCCUACGAAGUACUUGUUGAAUGUGAACAAUUGGAUAUAUUUAGAGCUAUUGGAGAUGAUCAAUUUCACGCUAUUGGAUUUAUCCACGAACCAAGAAGACUUAUUGAAAAGUGA